CAGAUUGGACCAAAAUGUCAUUAUCCCCAAAACUUCCAAAACCACCUCUCUCCCCCCUUCUCCAAAGUCUCCCUCUCCAACGCCCUUGGUUCAAAAGGAUCCAAAACCUCUUUCCGCUCUUCCCAGCCUCCUAUUCAAACAAUUUUUAUAGCAACAAAUAACAAAUUCAAAAUAAAAAGACGCAAAAAAAACACUAGAUUCCUCCCCUCUCGUCUCUCUUCGUUCUUCUCGUCAUGGGCGACCCAAUCCCUCCAAUCCCUAACCCUAAUACGCCCCAGUCGCCGCCGUCGUCCCUCCCGCCACCGGCGACGGCGCCGCUGCCCCCUUCUUCCGGCCGGCGCUUCUUCUCUGUCCCCCGGCCCGCGAUCCGGGUGACGUCGGAGUUCGACAGCGACAGCUCAGUGUUCUUCCACAAGGUCUCCUGCCAGCUCUUUGACCGCCUCGCCAAGCUCAAGCUCUCCUUCCAGAACGAUCCCAGCGGCGAGAUCGCCUUCCCCCAGUUCGGCUUCCUUACCAAGCACUUCGCCGUCCUCUACGACCUCGAGUCCCGCAACGCCCUCCUCAGGGGCUCCUUCGAUCUCGCCAACUUCCUGCAAGUCCGGGCCACCCACGAUGUCAAGACCGAUCAGAUUGGAGAGCCAGACUAUCUUCACAUAGGCUGUUCAACACAGUGUUUGUCUAUAUCUUGCACUUUUGAAAAUAGCAAGUCUGUUCUUUCUUGCAUUCACUUGGGCAGUUGCUUCUUAUUGAAGUAUCACCAUAGAAAGGAGCAACAAGGAGAAGUGGCAAUGGUAGCAAGCCUGGCUAAUCCAUCAUAUAAACUGGAAUUGUCUUCUUUGGUUCCGUCGGUGGGAUUGGUGAGUGUAGCGAGGUGGUUGUAUGAAGAGAUAAAUAUUCCAAGAGCAACUAUUCAUUUUCCCCUUGGUGAAGUAUCAGUUGAGGAGAAGAAAACUGAGGAAGUUGAGAAUGUACUAUCAGUAAAUGGGAUUUUGAAAAGUCAUAUGUUGAAUGGAGUUUGUACUGCAUUAUAUAAGGACAAUGAUUUGAACCUAAGAUACUGUUAUAAGGAUGAGGAAAUGUCAUUUAUUCCCAGUGUCUCCUUACCUUCAAAUGCCCUAUCCUUUGCAUUCAAACGGCGUUUCAGUCCUUCAGACAAAUUAAGCUACUGGUACCACUUUGACUCCAGUGAGUGGAGUACAGUUUAUAAGCACACCAUUGGUAAGGACCUUAAAUUUAAAGCUGGUUAUGAUUCUGGUGUGCGACUUGGAUGGGCAUCUCUUUGGGUUGGAGAGGAAGAAGGCAAAACAAAAACCGCCCCUAUGAAGAUGAAAGUUCAAUUCAUGCUCCAAGUCCCUCAAGAUGAUAUUGGUAACUCAAUUUUCAUGUUCCGGGUGAAGAAGAGGUGGGACUUCUAGUUCUUCUGUCCUCCUUUUGUUUUAACAAGAUGAGGUAUGCAUAUUGGAAGUCGGGCCUUUGUUGUAUCAAAUGUUGGGGCUACAACAUGUGACUGGUAUAUAAAUUCUGUGAUUGCCUUGUUUCAUGGCCAUACUUUUUUUGAUUAUAAAUGUCAAUUUUUGAUACCAA